UUGACAAUUUGUUUACAUUCUGUGUUCAAAUGGAGAAUAAAGUGUAUAAAAAACGAAAUUCGUGGAGUGAAAGGAGAGAAGCCCUACUAAUUGAGUGGUGGGAAGCAAUAGUUGGUGCGCUUCGAGGGCCAAGAAAAAAUAGCCACAUAUUGGAGGAAAUGGCAGUGGAGCUGCAGCAGCAAGGUGUCACCUUCACGGCGGCAGAAGUCAAAACGAAGAUGCACAAUCUGUCGCAAAGAUUUAGGAAGGAGAAAACAGCAGUCGGUUCAACUGGCGGUUCCUCCUCGCAGUGGCCUUUAUUUAAAAAAAUGAGCGCAAUAUUGUCGCCAUAUAAAAGCUACAACACAGAGAGCUUAGUGGAGGAAAGCUUUCAAAGAAAGAGACAUGUGUUUUUUAUUGAAUAUACUAGAUGCUAGAGCAACAUCAUUUCGCGA